AUGGGGACACUGCCAAUUGUGAUUACUGAUACUGGAGAAAAAGGAGCAAUUAGAGAAACAAUCAAGGAGCAAACUCCAAGCUUGGAGUUUAACCGCAAAUAUGAGGUGCUAGAAGAACACAUGAGGGCAAUAGAGGGAACAAAUAUGUUUGGAUCGGUUGAUGCAUUCGAUCUAUGCUUGGUGCCAAAUGUGGUUUUACCCCCGGAAUUCAAAGUUCUAGAUUUUGAGAAGUUCAAUGGCUCUAGGUGUCCCUUGACUCAUUUAAGGAUGUAUUUCCACAAAAUGGUAGCAUAUUCUAAUAAUGACAAACUUCUUAUCCAUUGCUUCCAGGACAGCUUGACUAGGGCAACCAUAAGAUGGUACAUCCAGUUGGCGAGCAAAGAUCUGCACCUGGAAGGAUCUAGCUCAGGCUUUUAUAGCCUAGUACAAGCAUAUUAUCGAAAUGGCCCUAGACAAGUUGACCUUGCAAAAUAUGAAAAAGAAAACAAGCAGACAUUUAAAGAGUAUGCUUACUGUUGGAGGGAGGUUGCAGUACAAGUGCACCCUCUAGUGGAGGAUAGGGAGGCCAUCUCCUUGUUUGUUAAUACACUCAAGGACCCCCUAUUUUAG